AUUUGUCCCACCCUUUUCCAUAUUCAUACUCGUGUGGGUUCAUGGGUAGGGGAUCGAUUUGGAUUUCCUGCCCGCCACAAGCGGUGUGUGUGUGUGUGUGUGUGUGUGUGUGUCUCGCUCAGGCCACAGCCUAGGGGUCGGUGUUAAGGGUCCCAGCGAUCGAUGGGCCCUAAGAAGAGUUCCAGCAGAGGAUCCCUGGCUCGGCUCCUCCUCCCCUCCACAGCUGUCUCCCUCCGGUGUCCGGUUACCGUCCCGUCCCGCCGUGGACGGGGAGACCCCCACUGGCGCAGAGUCCAGCAGGCAUGGUUGUUCAGUGCGGGAUGUGAUCUCCCUACUCUCAGGCUCCUCGGGGUCAGGGCUGUGUCACGGCACGCCUCCCGUACAUAGAGAGCCAGGGCCGGUGGGCUCUGGGCGAAGGCCUUUGACUAGGAAUGGAAGACGGGCCCCCGUGGGCAUUGUUCGCGAUCCUCGCGGGGUCGUAACACGGCCGUGUCGCGAGGGCGUUCCCGGUCGGGGCUCGGCCGCGUCCCACGGACCGGUCCGUGCGCGGAAAGGCUCGGCGACACGGACGAGCGAAGGUGGGAUGGUCCCUGCCGGUUUGCGCUGCUGCUUCUGGACCUGGACGCUCGCCUUUACAAACUGACACGCGCAGCGGAGGCCGGGUUCUUAUAUAAGCCGGUCUGGGCUGAAAUGAACGCAGAGCUUGAGAGGGAACAUCGGGCCAUUUCCUCAGUACGGCGUGAGCUAAACGACGGCGUCGCUCGAGUGUCAGCGGCGCUGAACGAAAUCGAUUUUUCCAGGCUGGAGGCCGUCAGCAUCAACAAGGCCAUCAACACGCAGGAGGUGGCCGUCAAGGAGAAGCACGCAAGAACCUGCAUCCUGGGAACGCACCACGAGAGGGGGGCGCACACCUUCUGGGCGGCGGUCAACCGCCUGCCCCUCUCCAGCAACGCUGUGCUCUGCUGGAAGUUCUGCCACGUCUUCCACAAGCUGCUGCGAGACGGACACCCAAACGUUAUAAAGGACUCCCUGCGGAACAAAGCCGAUUUGAACGACAUGAGCCGGAUGUGGGGCCACAUGAGCGAGGGAUACGGAAAGCUUUGCAGCCUUUACCUCAAGCUGCUCAUCACCAAGAUGGACUUCCACGUCAAAAAUCCUCGUUUCCCAGGCAACCUUCAGAUGAGUGACAGACAGCUUGAUGAAGCGGGGGAGAACGACGUCAACAACUUCUUCCAGAUCACGGUGGAGAUGUUCGACUACCUGGAAUGUGAGCUGAACCUCUUCCUGGGAGUGUUCAGCUCCCUGGACAUGUCCCGCUCCGUGUCGGUGACGGCGGCGGGCCAGUGCCGCCUGGCCCCCCUGCUCCAGGUGAUCCUGGACUGCAGCCACCUGUACGACUACACCGUCAAGCUGCUCUUCAAGCUGCACUCCUGUUUGCCCGCAGACACGCUGGAGGGACACCGGGACCGCUUCCAGGAGCAGUUCAAGAAGUUGAAGAAUUUGUUCUACCGCUCCAGCAACCUCCAGUACUUCAAGCGACUCAUCCAGAUCCCCCAGCUGCCGGAGAACGCCCCAAACUUCCUGCGGGCCUCGGCGUUGUCGGAGCACAUCAGCCCCGUGGUGGUGGUUCCCCCGGAGCCGGCGUCCCCGGAGAGCGAGCGCCAGCUGGAGACGGAGGAGCUGGUGGACACGGACGUCCCCGUCCAGCCGCGCGUCGCAGAGACCAAAUUCGACGACGUCUUCGGCGCCACCGCGGCCUCGGACCCUUUCAAUUUCAGCAGGCAGAACGGAAUGAGGAGGGACAACAAGGAACAGCUGGUGGAGCAGCUCACCGCGGAGCUCCGGUCCCUGAAAGAGGAGCUGACGACCUUCAGGGGAGAGAGUUCCCGGCUGUGCCGGUCGCUGCAGGGCCGCGUGAGCGAGCUGGAGGCCGAGCUGGCGGAGCAGAGCCACCUGAAGCGGCAGGCGCUGGGCGAGAGCGAGUUCCUGCGGGCGGAACUGGAGGACCUCCGGCGGGCCAGGGAGGACACGGAGAAGGAGCAGCGGAGCCUGACGGAGUUCGAGAGGAAGGCCCAAGCCAACGAGCAGCGCUACACCAAGCUGAAGGAGAAGUACACGGAGCUUGUGCAGGGUCACGCUGAGCUGCUCCGCAAGAAUGCAGAGGUGACCCGGCAGGUGAGCGUCGCACGGGCCGCCCAGGAAGAGGUGGAGCUGGUCAGGAGGGAGAUGCGGGAGAAGGUGAAGGCGGCUCGCGAGGAGGCCAAGCAGCGGGACAAAGAGCAGGGGGAGCAGCAGCAGGUCCUGCAGAGGGAGCUGAUGGCCGUCAGGAAGGAGCUGGAGUCGCUGAGGGAAGGCGUGGCCUCCUCGCAGCAGUCGAGCGAGGAGGUCACCUCGCGGUUCAUCGCCCUGGAGGCGGAGCGGGCCGAGCUGGCGAGAGCGGCGGAGCGCAGAGAGCGGGAGGUGGCCGCGCCGGGGCUGGAGCCGCAGCGUGCGCGGGGCGGGCCGGCCGGCGAGCGGGAGAGCGGAACCCGGGCCGCGGAGAGCCUGCAGAACCGGCUCGGCCGGAAGGAGAGCAACGAACGGGCCUUGGAGAGCCAGCUGGCGGCUAUGCGUCGGACCGCGCUGCAGGGGGCGCUAAAGGAGGCCGAGCGCAUCAUACGGGACUCCCUGGUCCAAACGGAGAACCCGGCACACGCCGGCUGCACCGGCACCGCGGACUACCUGCUGUCCAGGAGUCGGGCCGUGCUGGAUUGCGUAGACCGACUGCAAGCAGCCGGGCAGAGCUACGCCAGCGACCCCACAGAUGUUCUGGAGAUGGUGCGCUCGGUGGUUCGGUUCGGCCACCUGGUCGGGGACACGGUCGCGCAGGGCGGUGCCGCCUCCCGCACGUCGCCCACGGAGCAGGCCGGCCCGCUGGCGGAAGGUGUGAAGGAGUGCGGCGCCGAGGCUCUCGUUUUCCUCCGGCGGUUCUCGGACCCAGACGCCCCGGGUACCGCUGACAGCUCCGGGCUGAAGGUUGCGAUGGAGACCAUCAUGACCGCAGCCGAGAAACUCCGUCCCCGCGGACUGGAGCUGCAGCAGGGGGAGCUGGGAGAUCUGGUGGAACAGGAGAUGGCUGCCACCUCUGUCACCGUGGAAACUGCCGCUGCCAGGAUUGAGGAGAUGCUCAGCGCCUCGCGAGCCGUUGACACCGGGAUGAAGAUGGAGGUCAACGAAAGGAUCUUGUCGUCUUGCACGGGCCUGAUGCAGGCCGUCCGAGAGCUGAUCCUGUCCUCGAAGGACCUGCAGAGAGACAUCUUGGAGUGCGGGAGGGGGGCGGCGACUGCGAAGGAGUUCUACGCCAAAAAUUCCCGCUGGACCGAAGGCCUCAUCUCCGCUUCCAAAGCGGUGGGCUGGGGGGCUGCGGUGAUGGUGGACGCCGCCGAGGAGGCGCUGCGGGGCCGGGGCGGCUUCGAAAGACUGAUGGUGUCUUCGCGCGAAAUCGCGGCCGGCACCGCUCAACUGGUGGCCGCGUCCAAGGUGAAGGCCGAUAGGGACAGCGCCAACCUGGCUCGCCUGCAGCGGGCCUCCCGGGGGGUCACCCAGGCUGCCGCGGGGGUCGUGGCCUCCACCAAGUCGGCGAAGACCCAGAUCGAGGAGAGGGACACCAUGGACUUCUCCAGCAUGACCCUCAUCCAGGUGAAGCGGCAGGAGAUGGACUCGCAGGUGCAGGUCCUGGAGCUGGAGGCCCAGCUGCAGAGGGAGCGGGAGAGGUUGGGCGAGCUGAGGAAGAAACACUACGAGUUGGCCGGGGUGGCCGAGGGCUGGGAGGAGGGCGAGGGUACUGGCUGAACCCUUGACCGACUUCUCCCUCCCUGCUGUACGAGGCUUCUCUGGUUCCACCUGCUCAGCUGUGACCGACCACACACACACACACACACACACACACACAGUUUCUCCUUUCCUUUUCGUUUUUUCCACUCUGCUUUUCUGUCACUUCAGCCAAAUGAGACGCUGCCCUCCCUGAAAACCGUCGACGUUUCCUUAUCCAGUUUCUCGGUGCAGAGGUGUCCCUACGUGAAAAAUCGGGUGUCGGGGAUAUGAUUUGUGAGGAUCAGUGAUGCCACCUUCUGGAUCUUUUGUAGCACCACAACAACCGAUGAUCCAUUUACAGGGUUUGUACGUGCGGGACUUUUCCACUGAAGGUUACACACCUCCUUUUCGGAUCACAUUCUCUCCCGUGGAACCUUGUGCACAUCAGUAUCCUGAUCAUUAUUUUAUUUUAUUU